GAGCUCUUAUGGGUUGUUGGAUAUAAUGAGCUCUAGCAGCAAUUGUUAAAUGUAAUCUGGUGUAGUGGUUCGAUUUUUAUUGAGUCUAGGAGAAGAUCCUAGUGAACCAUAAUUUCGGCUGUGAAAUGGAGCCCUUGUCUUUUAGGCUGGGCAUACGUUUAAACGUUUCAAGAAUCAAAAACAGUUUGUACUUUCAGUGGUGGUGGCUGCAAUGCUUUUCUGUUUUGCUCUUAUCCACACCUAGUUAUUCCACUUUCUUAAAAAUUUGGAAGAAAAAAAAAAAAAUAUAUAUAUAUAUAUAUAUACAUAUAUAAUAAAAUUAGUGAUGCCCCUCGUAUUUGUUAAAAAGGAGAGUAGGGGAGAAUGAGGAGAAUUGAGAGAGACGCACAGGCCAAGGUGGAAUAAAACGAGAAUAGAGGGAGAGAGAGAGAGAGGCGCAUAGGCCAAGGUGGAAUAAAAUGAGAGAGGAAAAGGGGGCAGUGAAGGGGACAGCUAGUAGGAGCAGAGCAGGCCCAGACCUUAAAAGCCUUUGAUGCGCCAAGGUCCUGCCUUUCUCACUGGGCUUCUGUGGACAUUGAUUACCUAGUAAAGCUUGCACUAUUUGCUGAAGGCAUUCUUAGACAUUUUAUAAAUUACAAAUGGAAAAAGGGAGAACUGAACUAGAGUUCGAUGAAUUUGAGAAACUUCUCGGUGAGAUACCAAAUGCUACUUCUGGCAAUCCACCUUCUGAGGAUUCUGAACCUAAAAGGGUGUACUUGGACAAAAGCUUGUCUUCCAUCUCUGUGAACUCUUACAAAGGGCCUUUAAGCCAGAAACUUCAAAACAAUGAGAGGUUGGAUGUGGGAAAAAACUUGCUGAAUAAAUUUCAACGGUCACCAGUAAAAGGUGUUCAACCAGAGGAAACGCAGCUCCCUGAUGACCAUUCCUUGACAUCGGCAUUUGCAGAACUGAGCUUUAAUGGCGGAGUGAAUAUGGAAGCUGGGAGUAAGCCUUUGGAAAAUUGUAGAACCGUACAGAACUAUAACUUUUCUCAGGAUGGAAAACUCCCAAACAGCCUAAAGAAACAAACUUCCACUAUGGAUUCACCAAUACUGGUUGUUCCUCCUGUUCGACCACUAAAUAAUAUACUUAGCACAAACGUUGUCCAGCAAACCACAAAUUUGUCAAAAGUCAAUACUGAAGAACUCAAUAGACACCAAGUUAAUUAUUUCCAGCCAAUAGAAAAUUUCUCUGCUGCUGUUCCGAUGGCUCAUCCAAUGCAUGGUUUUCAGUUCCUUUCUAAUUUGCCUGUUCCUGGUAUGCAGUUCCCUGUAAUGUCUGAUCAGCAACAAGUCUUUCUGGACACACAAUCUCGGCUUCCUUACCUUCAUUCACAACAAAUAAACCAGCAUCAAAUUAACUGGAGCAAUAUUGAAGAUGAACGCAGUUAUAGUAGGAUGCACCAGCGGUUCCUGCAGCAGCUGCAUAAUCAGCUGUUGGAGGGUCAGCAUCUGGCGCCAGAAAAUGGCAAUUUUGCAAGCAGGAUAAUGAGUAGGAACCCAAAGCACCCGCAUUUUGAGGUGCCACUCUAUCAGGAGCCAUUUUGGAAUAAUUUUGCAACGAUCAGGAGUUUUAACCAAUCAAAUCCUCCAUUUUCUUCAACAGACUUUAAUACAAUGGAAGUUUUGGACAAAGUGGGAUUGCGCAGUUUCCCUGAAAAGAUUCUAACAAGGUCACAUGGAAAGGACACACUAAAAGCUGUGAAGUUUGGCUCCAUUGGAGCAAAUGAAUCACUUGCUUGUGUUGGUGAAAAUGAAAAAAUUCUCCCCAUUGGUCAUCUCCGGCAGAAGUUAUCUACUCCAAGCGGAGGAUACUUUCAGUUGGAUAAUUUGAUUCCAUGGUGCUUGUUCCCUGAUGGUACUGAUCUGAAGCCACUGCCUCCGAAAUAUAACUCUCUGGAUGAAGUAACUGGUAAAAUUUAUCUCAUGGCUAAAGACCAGCACGGUUGCCGCUUCUUACAAAGAAAAUUUGCUGAAGGCACCCCACAAGAUGUUAAAAAGAUAUUUGAUGAAAUCAUAUACCACGUUGUCGAGCUUAUGACGGAUCCUUUUGGGAAUUACCUUGUUCAGAAGCUGCUUGAAGUGUGUGAUGAGGAUCAGCAGAAGCAAAUAAUUCGUUCAAUCACUAGAAAGUCAGGGGAGCUUGUUAGAAUUUCAUGUGAUAUGCAUGGGACUAGGGCUGUUCAAAAAGUUAUUGAAACUCUCAAGUCUCCGGAGCAGUUUUCCAUGGUUGUUUCCUCGCUAAAGCCUGGUAUAGUGACUCUAAUAAAGAACAUGAAUGGCAACCAUGUUGCUCAACGCUGCUUGCAGUACUUAAUGCCCGAGUAUAGUGAGUUCCUUUUUGAAGCUGCAACUACUAAUUGUGUAGAGCUUGCAACUGACCGUCAUGGCUGUUGCGUGCUUCAAAAAUGCCUUAUCCAUUCUGAUGGUGAGCAAAGACGCCGUUUAAUCUGUGAGAUCACAUCAAAUGCUCUAAUCCUUUCCCAAGAUCCUUUCGGGAACUAUGUUGUCCAAUUUGUAUUUGAGCUUCAGCUUCCAUGGGCAACCACAGAUAUUCUUGAUCAACUGGAGGGUAACUACGGGGAUCUGUCCAUGCAGAAGCAUAGCAGUAACGUGGUGGAAAAGAGCCUGAAAUAUGCUGCUGAAGAACAUCGCAGUUGUAUUAUUCAGGAGCUUAUAGAUAAUCCACGUCUAGAUCAAAUCAUGCAGGAUCCUUAUGGAAAUUAUGUCAUCCAAGCAGCACUUAAUCAAUCCAAGGGUAACCUUCAUGGUAAAUUGGUGGAUGCCAUAAAACCCCAUGCUCGUGUUCUCCGGACCAGUCCAUACGGGAAGAAAGUCCUCUCUAGCAAUAGUUUGAAGAAAUAAUUUAUGGGUUUGAUUGCAUACUUUUUUUUCUUUCUCUGUUUCUUAUUCCUUCUUCUUGAUAGAUAGUAAAGCUUCUUCUGUUUUCAUGACUUUUGAGGGCCAAUGCAACCUGUGUUUCCCUGUCCGUUUUAUUUUUCAUUUUUGUUACUUUCUAAAACUCUUAGGUCCAAUUGCCGAAGAGAAUGCUGUAAGAUCUGUAGCAAGCAGUUGAAGAAAAGCUUUAAGCUUAGCGUUAUGGGGUUGGGAUUCAAAAUUUGAAGCCUAGUCGUUGGAGAAUGCCUUCAACCACAAGCUGAACAGAUCAAUAUCCGAGUCUAGUUGUCCAAUUAUCCUUUUGGGUUAAAAGUUUUGUUUAGAAAAUUUUAGAGCAUGCUGCAGAUCCACAUGCUUGUAGAUACCGAAUUUCCCUUUUUCAUGUUGUUUUUGUUUGAGGGGAGCAUAGAAAAUAAAUGAGAUUGAAAAUAUUGAGCUGUUGGAGAAUUGGAAUGGGUUUUGAGUGUAAGUCACAACUGAUACGGUGGUUGUAGGAUAAAGAGAGACGUAGAGAAGCAUUAUGGAGUUUGUUUUUUUAAUGCCACAGUCUAUUUAACGGUAUUUGUAUAUCCCAUGUCCAUAAAUGAGGCGUGUCUUGCCUUUGAUUUGUUUUUGUAUUUUGAAUAGGAGCAAAAAUUGUGAAAUAGAAUGUUUUAUUUUCUAA